UUGAUUGGUUUCUGAAUGGCUGGUUAGUGGCCAGGGUUCAGACACAUAAUUAUUGGAGUAUUUUCAGACAUUGUUUCCGCAGCCAUUUCAUUGUGAAGGCUUUGUUCACCGGCCUCUGUGGAUGCCAUCUUCCGGUCGGUGACCAAUGGGCAUUAUCCAUGGUCGAUAGCAUGUUCCAUGUUUACUCCUCGAUUGCAAGGGCUGUUUGGUGCGUUGGGGGCUGAAUCUCAGCGAUACGUGCAACAGAGCGGCAUCACAUCUGUGCUUGAAACAAAUGUUUGGGACACUGCUGAGGAAUAUCUUUCUGGGUGCACUGCAACUGCAGCGACAAAAGCCGAGUUGGCGUCUUUUUGGUCGGCUGCUCAGGGCGCCUGUGCCCUCGCCUUGCGGCAGGCCGUGGUUCGUCACACAGAAGACUCUUCGUGUUUACCUGUGAGCACGCGGUCUUUCUUUGCACCCAGCCGCUCCGCCCCAACUUCGGCCCUCAAGCCCUCGACGGGCUGUACUCCACACAAGAAGCGUCGGCUGCGUCAGCUGCAGCCAACAGAGGCCUCACAGCACCUGCAGAACCUCCAGCUGCGAGAGAGACAAAUUGUGGAACAGUCCUGCACGGAGCUCUGGAAAUUGUUUUUGGAAGUUGGUGAACAAGGCACUCUUUGGCAAGAAUAUUCAAAGCUGUCGAGUUGUGAUAGGGAACAUUUUGCCUCAAUGUUUUUCGACGAGCUUUGCCUAGUUUCUGUUACAUCGCUACAGUCCGCGCUCCGUGUGGUUGAUCGGUGGCGCCGCCACUGCCAGGACACCCAUAUCCAUCCAUGGCAAGCCUCAAGCAUACAUGUGGCAUUAUGGCUGCGAUCCCUUCGGGAACGUGGGCCUACGGCCCCGAAUGGUGCUUUCCACAUGUUGAAGUGGCUCGAAGGGAAAAUUGGCAUUGUGUUUCACAGCUCUUCGGACCGCGUGCGCGGCCAAUCUGCCAUACCCAGCACGCAUGAAGAAGAACAAGCGACGCCCUUGUCGCUACAAAUCCUGCUGGCACUGGAGUCACUAGUGCCUAGCAGAAACCAUGCUGUGGCAGCUCUGGCACUCACCUGGAUUGUGUUGUCACUUGGUGUGCUGCGGUUUGCGCAUUUGCAGAGAUCGACCAUAGUACGAAUUCUGGACAAUGGUGUUGCUGCUCGCGCAAGCUUGGGUAAACGUCGUACCAAUGGCAGGCGACGCCCGUUCGACUGGAGAUCGCCCCGGUGGGGGAUCACUGGCAUUGACUUGGGGGCGGCCAUUCAUACCUUUUUGGCCAGAGCCUUUGGUGAACACCCCCAACAGGGUUUUUUCCUACCAGAUUUCCUUCCUGUGAGAUGUUCUUUGGAUUCUGCAACGGGUUUUUCUUCCAAGCAAAUGUCCAUAGGACGGUUUGUACGGCUAAGCCAACAUAUGUUCCAACAAGCGCCCUUCGGUUUGUCUGAGUUGCAGGCAGUUGAGUUCACGUCCUACUCUGCUCGUCGUGUCCUGCCGACCAUUGCUGAACUCGCUCGCUUCGAUCCGCACGAGCUGCUGCUAGUUGGCGAUUGGAAAAAGCAAGGGAAAUCCCUUGAUUUGAGCAUGCCCUUGCGCUACGCGGACCAGAAAUUGCACACCAGCUUGUGCGUCAAGACCGAACUUGUUUGUUUGAUGCGGCAUCUUGUACAGACUGGGGUUCGCACUCGCUUGUCGUGGGAUAAACUCAGUGAAAGGUUCCCCCCUAGAGAUGUAUCCCGAAAACUGGCCGCUUCUCUUCUGCAAAACGGUUCUGCUGCAAUGUAUGUACGUGAAGCAGAUUGUCGUGGUUCGGAGAACCGCGUUGUUGCAACUUCUGCCUUUGACGCUGACAGUUCGUCGUCCUCGUCAGAUUCGAGUGCUGAGUCGUCCAGCGACUCUACUCAAGAAGACACCUGUCCAGAGGUGCAGUGGUUGUUGAGUAAAGGGCAGAAUGCACCUGUGCAAGCAAGUCCGUUUGCAGACAAAGCGCUGGCACACGGCCUGCAACCGAGGUCUGAAAGAUCCAGACAUUGGCACUGGCCUCCAGGAUGCGUGUGACACAGGCAAACCUUGGUCACCUCGCUGCUUCUCUCUACUCCCUUCUUCCCUCCAAACCAAAUGGCAGGGCAUGAUGCCCCGCCAGCCGUGACACAGACACUCUCUAGAUCGAUGGCGCCAGGUCAAUGGGAGCUGGAGUGGAACCAAAUGCAUAAUGCUUCACCGAUUACCGCACCAUCGAAAAAGAGUGCGCCUGCUGUUUUGAGAGUGGAAGUCUCAGAAACGAUCUGAAACGUACAACCAUAAUG